AUGAAGAAAACUUCAACAGUGAAGAAAGAUGGAGUAUACACAAGUGCACUGUAUGAGCAAUGUAUGGAACGUAUCAAGACAAAUCCAAAGACGCUAUUUGAGCUUUUAACUGCGAGACUUAGCGCCUUCCCCAAAAAGGACCUAUACGGUUCUAUUAAGGAUGAAAAAGUUUUAUACGAAUCAACAGAAGAAAUAUUUAAGAAAAUCAAGAAAAUGGCAGCAUUUCUAGGGCAAAUCUCAUCUAACAAUGAUUUCAUCGGAAUAUACGCGGUCAAUAGGACUGAAUGGUGUAUCACAGAAUACGCAGGUUAUGCUGUGAACUGCCCAAAUGUGCCACUUUAUUCUACAUUCCAGGCAGAAGCAAUUAAGUACGUGCUAGAGGAAACUAAGAUGCGGAUUCUCUUUGCAUCGGAUGUGAAAGCAAGGAAUCUCUACGAAACAGUGUUGAAAGGAGCGAAGAAGGUCAAUCUUAAACACCUGAUUCUCUAUGAUGAUGAUCAAGAAUUGAGAAAUAAGUUCAUGAAACUUGGUAUAAAAGUGCAUAGUUUCAGCAAAAUACUGUCAGAGCCAAGUAGAAUUGAGAGCAGUGAGACAAAUAGCAAGAGAAGAAGAGCCAAACCAGAUGACAUUGCAACAAUAUGUUACACAAGUGGCACUUCUGGAAUGCCAAAGGGUGUUGUUCUCACACAUGCUGGUUUCUGUGCCCAUGUUGCUGGCUUCUGUGUUGGAUACGAUGCGAAUAUCUACAUGUCCAAGGAGAGUGAAAUUGCGUACAUUUCGUAUCUGCCACUUGCUCACAUCCUUGAGCGAAUUGUGAUCACGGUGGUGAUUUCCAUAGGCGGGAAAGCAGCCUUUUUCAGGGGCAAUCCAAAAACGAUACAAAAAGACUACGAAAUCAUUCGACCAAACUUCAUUGCGGCCGUUCCACGUGUCAUGAACCUGUUUGAACAGAAAAUCAACGAAGAGGUGUCGAAACUCGGCUGGUUCAAGAAACUCGUUUUCAAACUUUGUCUCUGGUACAAAAAGCGCAAGGUUGCGAAAGGCCAGUACAAAAGUUGGCUCGUGGACAUGCUCGUGUUCAACAAGGUGAGAGCUAAGUUUGGUGGCAACUUGGAAUACUGUCUCUGUGGAGGUGCUUCAAUCAAUCCAGAAGUCGUGAAAUAUCUUCAGGCUGUUUUAUGCAUGGGAAUAUUUCAAGGCUACGGAUUGACUGAAGGACUUGCUGCAAACAUCGUGCAACCAACGUCGUGUACGCGACUUGAUACGGUUGGUGUUCCAUUUCCGUCUUGUAGAAUCAUUCUCUCGCCUACUGAAGAGUACACAGAGGAAGAUUGUGGCGAACUGCUUCUAAACGGACCAUCAAUUACAAAAGGCUACUACAAUCAGCCAGAAAAGACAAAGGAGGCCUUUACAGAGAUCAAUGGCGAACAGUGGCUGAAAACAGGUGACGUCUUCAAAUUCAAGGAUGAUCGAUUCUUCUGUAUAGGACGAGUGAAAGAGAUGCUCAAGACAUCGUAUGGAGAGUAUAUUGUACCAGAACGUGUUGAAAGCGUGUUUCUGGGUGGACCAAUUACAGAUAUUUUUGUUACAGGUACAAAAUACUCUGAUAAUCUGAUUGCAAUUGUUCAGACUGAGGAUGAAGAAUACAAGAGUGAAGAGAAGAUGUUGAGGUAUCUGAAGGAGAAAGGUGCUGAAUUGUGCGUAAAAAGGAAAAUUAACAAGUAUGAAGUGCCAGUUGCAGUGAUUGUGAUCACAGAAUCACUGUUAUCUCUCCAAGAUGGUAACUUGAUUACACCAUCAUUUAAGAAAAGAAGAAACAGAAUCUAUAAGUAUUUUGAGAAGGAGAUCGACCAGAAAAUGAGUAAGUGA